CCCGGCGCAAGUCUCCGCGGAUUAGACGCAUCAUCCUAUCUACAAAGUACCUAGUCUGGUAAUCUCCGAGGCUCUGGCGCAGUAUCGAGGCAGCAUUGACAUAGUCGCAGCUUUUGUUACAGGCUAGUUUAGGUGCUGGCACAGGUUACAGACUUGCAACCCCCAGCCCAAAAAGCUCGAAUACUGCAACCACCAACAAUCCUCGCUUCUCCCACUCUCAAUCCUCUCAACUCGCCAACUCCUUCAAUCUUGCAGCCUGGUUUGGGUUUCUUUCUGUCUCCUCUCCUCUCCUCUACCAAAUUCGACGAAUACCCGCCUCGAACCGAAUGACGCUUGCAAUAUCCCGCUCUUGAUUCCGUUGCCUCUUUGUCCUCCGCUGUGCCCCGCAAAACCUGCCCAACGCGCUUCCCAUCAUCCGUGCUUCGCGAUUUUCUACCAACGACGCCUGAGGAGACAUAAUUUCGCCCAAGAUGAAAUCCAUGAAGGGCCUUUCUAUGAAUAAGAUGCUGGGGAGCAUCAGGAAAAAGACUAGUAGCACAGAUCGUUCAGCUGCCACGACACCAGGGGACACCCCCGAAGUAACGGCCCAUAACAGCGUGAAAGCAUUUUGCGAAUCUGGCGGAACCGCAAAAAGCGAUGAAGUGCUUUUCCUCCCCCCGAUUGUCGAUGCCGCCGAGUCUUCACCCACCGCCGCUGCCGAAUGCGCACGCAUCAUCAGGAAAUACAUGUCCAAGGAAUAUUCCUCGCGGCCGUCAUGGCAGUACAACGCCAUCAUGCUGAUGCGGAUACUGGCCGACAACCCGGGCGAGACGUUUACGAGGAACCUCGACACCAAGUUUGUAGACACAACUCGGGCGUUGCUCAAGGGCACAAAGGACAACAGUGUGCGCCAGAUUCUUAUGGAUACACUGGAUGACUUUGAACGCACCAAGUUUUACGACGAGAACUUGACCCUGAUCAUUACGCUGUGGCAGGAGGAGAAGGAAAAGGCGAUCAAGCAGCAUGGAGGUCGAGCACCUACACUACCCCAGCGCCCUCCGCAGUCAGUGGCGCCUGAUAACGGAUAUUCACAAAACUACUUCUCUAGGCAUCACAGCAACCACCGGCUGCCCGAACCCGUCGAGCUGACUAGCCGGCUGGAAGAGGCGCGAUCGUCCGCAAAACUACUGGAACAGCUUGUCAUCAACACACCGGCAGUGGAGUUGCUUGAGAAUGAGCUCAUCAGGGAGUUUUCAAACCGAUGCCUGAGUGCUUCAAGGAGCAUCCAAGGCUACAUGGUGUCGACCGAUCCCGCGCCAGACAACGACACCAUGGAGAGCCUCAUCGACACCAACGAACAGCUGCAGACUGCGCUUAGCCAGCACCAACGUGCUAUACUUAGCGCCCGAAAACAGCUUGGUCUCAACGAGCGAUCCGAGAACCCAUCGCCUGCCCCUGAGCAGCAAUCACUUCACGGCUCCAAUGGCGUUCAGGGAUGGCAGGUCCCCAAUGCAUCGUCAUCUAGAUCCAGCCCCGCCCCUCCCAAUGUCUCAGUUGGUAACGGAAAGGGCAAAGACACCGACCUUUACAGCCCUCCGUCCCAUCCUCCGCCAAACAAUGGCAAGCAGCUGGACCCGGGCCGCGGCAGGGCUCCUCCCCCGGAGUCCGAGCCUGUCGUAGAUCCAUUCAGUGACCCGCAACCAGGUGGUGCCAGCUCCAAUGGUCAUCUGGCCGUCAUGGACGAGCCUUUCCACCCUGGCUUUGGAUUGAACAACCACCGGGAUGGCUCGUCAACACAUGGCACCACUGGGUCCGGUGUCGCUUCCGAGAACCAUUCGACACACAAUUUACAGCCUGAUUACCAGGUAUCAGACGACGAGGACCUUUACACCUCUCCUCCGAAGAGCAGCAAGGAGCCCAUGUAUCGAUAUUGAGUAAGCGAAUUGAGAGCGAAUUGAGAGUAGAAGAACCGGGAUUUACACACCAGUAUAUUUGCAGAUGGGUAUACACAGAAAAUCGCAGGAGCGUUUGGGAGACGGAGGAUUUCUUUUUUUGUUUUUAUAUAUUUCCCAGCACUUUACCGUGCUAGUUAGGCAUCGUUUGGCUACAAGUCUUCCUUUUCCCUCCAAAUAACCAGAUCCGUUUGCUAUUCCCCCUUUUCAUGACGAAAUACCACUGCAACGUUGAGCAAGCGUGAGAGCGUUUGAUAUCUUUUUGUAUUUAUUACAUACAAAUUCGCAAUUUGGCAAGUCAAAGUAGCGUCGAGUUGAUAGUUUCUGAACAUCAAAUCACGUUUGUUGCUUGAGUGACGCUGAAUCUGAUGACCCCUUUCGGGUUCGCUCAGAUUCAUCUUGGACAAGAAGUGGAUGAGACGUAAUCUAUGGGUUGAUACGUGAGGAAGGUAAUGUUUGUUUGCAAUUCAGGAU